UUCAAGGAAGCUUUCUCCCUCUUUGACCGGGAUGGGGACGGCUGCAUCACCACCAAGGAGCUGGGCACCGUCAUGCGGUCCCUGGGGCAGAACCCCACCGAGGCCGAGCUGCAGGACAUGGUGGGAGAGGUGGACGCCGACGGCAACGGCACCAUCGACUUCCCCGAGUUCCUGUCGCUGAUGGCGAGGAAGAUGAGGGAUACGGACAGAGUGGAUGAGAUGAUCAAGGAGGCCGACUGCAACAACGACGGGCAGGUCAACUACGAGGAGUUUGUGAGGAUGAUGACAGAGAAGUGA